CGAUUCCGGGGCUGCAGCAGCUCAGUGCACACGGGUCUUGUCGCCCGGCGCCAACAGUCCAGUCAGUGCUCGCCGGUCCCGCAGCUGCGGCUCGGCUCUCGACCGCGCCGUCCCGCCGGCGGCCCCUCGGUCAGCGGCCUGCCUAUGCUUUCGGUCACCAGGAGGGCUCGCCAGCUCUUCCACAGCCUUUUCCCCAUCCCGAGAAUGGGCGACUCGCAUUCUAAAAUCGUCAGUCCCCAGGAGGCCUUGCCGGGCCGGAAGGAGCCAAUCCCCGUGGCGGCCAAACAUCAUGUCAAUGGCAACCGCACAGUUGAACCUUUCCCAGAGGGAACACAGAUGGCUAUAUUUGGAAUGGGCUGCUUCUGGGGAGCUGAGAGGAAAUUCUGGACCCUGAAAGGAGUAUAUUCAACUCAAGUUGGUUAUGCAGGAGGCUACACUUCUAAUCCUACUUACAAAGAAGUCUGCUCAGGAAAAACUGGCCAUGCAGAAGUAGUUCGAGUGGUGUACCAGCCAGAACGCAUCAGCUUUGAGGAACUGCUCAAGGUCUUCUGGGAGAAUCAUGACCCGACCCAAGGAAUGCGCCAAGGCAAUGACCACGGCUCUCAGUACCGCUCGGCCAUCUAUCCGCUCUCCACCACGCAUCUGGAGGUGGCCCUGAGGUCCAAAGACGACUACCAGAAGGUUCUGUCAGAGCAUGGCUACGGGCAGAUCACGACCGACAUCCGGGAGGGACAAGCUUUCUACUACGCGGAGGAUUACCACCAGCAGUACCUGAGCAAGACCCCCGACGGGUACUGUGGUCUCGGGGGCACCGGCGUGUCCUGUCCGCUAGGUAUUAAAAAGUAAUUUCUUCCCAUGUGGUCGGCCCUUGAGGUCACAGCAAAAACACUUUCAACAAAUUAGGCAGUUCUCUUGUGGUUCAUGUCAGUGGCUUUUUGAAGUUCACAAAGUAUAAAGGUGUUCGUAAAAAUCUGGUUUAUUGAGAUAUAAUUUACAUGAAGUGCCAUGGCAAGUUGAUAACAUGUAAUUUAUCUUCUAAUAAGUUGUGGUGGCAGUAGAGCUGUGAAAUUUUUUGGAUCAUUUGGAGUCUGAAUGAGGAUAAUGAAUAUGCUGUAUUCUCCCUUCUUGUGCCUGGGUGCCUGCCAUGGAAACUGAGGAAGGAAAUGAGAGAUAGUCGGGCAGGGCAGGGUAUGUUGGAAAUCUUUUAUCUGAGUCCUGUCCCACCUCACAUGCCCUUCACCCUCCAGUGCCUUAAAAUUUGCAAACAUUUAUAGCCUCAAUGAAUCACUUACAGAAAUACUUUGCUCUGCUGAUCCUAUAUAUGCAUAAGAGGCUUUCUCUCUUUGGCCUUCCUGUGGCAGAGAAAGUGGGAGUUAGCUUGAUGAAGUCUAACGUAUCGCUUACAGCUAUGAGAAAUGCUUGUUCUAAUAAAAGUCUGUAUUCUAAUAAUAAAAAUCUGCCUGAUGUC